AUGCGCGGCCGUGUCACUCCUAAACGCCCUGUGCCAGAGCUCAAGAUGAACGCAUGGUCGGCUGCCCAAGCCAACGAGUCCGCUCCCAUCUUCUGUCUUCCAAACGAGCUCUUGACCAUGAUAGUUCGAUUCUCCCGAGACACCAACCCUCCACGCAGGAUUCCACCUGGAUCGCAACGCGAAGUGCUGGACACCGACGUUGACUCCACUGCUUGUAUCGACGAGACCUGCGACCUGCACCUCGGCUGGAUAUACUUGACCCACGUCUGCCGUACCCUCAGAGCUAUCGCAUUGGACUGUGCCGAUCUCUGGACACUCAUUGACACGAAUGUGCUUCCGAAAGACUGGUGUCUCGAAAUGAUCGCUCGCUCGGCAAACUCUACUCUCUCGUUCUCGCGUGAUUGGACCAUGCCUACCUUCGGUCUCGAAGAGCUGUCACCUGCGCACCUCGCAAAGACACGCAAGAUCGGGGUCCGUAAUUACGCCAGCCACGCCUUUAAUCCCAACGACCCGGGUUUCAACACGUUCAUUUCAUCCUUACUAUACGACGCAUCUUACCUCGAGGGUUUCCACUUUCAUGUGUCUAUGUUGGAGGAAAUCCUUCAACGCCGGAUUCUUUCUUUACCCGACACGCUCUUCGCACCUGAAGGUCAUCGUACUACUAAACAUCUGCGCACCGUUUCUCUCCUCAACGUCAUCCCACCGUUGAACGCUCCGUUCCUUACCGAUCUCACAACGUUAUCUAUCUCAUUCGUCGAUGGCUACCCUGACGACACUUGGGAUCGUUACGCCCUUCCGACUACCCAACUCCUCAGUGCUCUUCAACGUAUGCCUUUCCUGGAACUUCUUGCCCUUAGAAACUGCCUGCCCGAUCGCUGGACUGUCGAGGACCUAGAUACGACUCUGCCGCUUACUCAUCUCAAGAAGAUCGACGCCGUAACCCGGAACCCUCUGAGCUUGAGCUUACUCCUGCGAGCAUGCCACACCCCGACCGCAACAACUCAAGGAAGCAGUAUCCUUCAAGCUCGAUUCUGCGUAGCUUCUGCUCCGACACAGUGCAACGUUGUCCUCUCUGCUUUGAGCGCGAUCUUCACUUCAAACUCGUUUCCGCGCUCGGGAUUCGUCCACGAUUGUCGUGGUUUCGAAGCUGUCGCUUUGACGUUUAAUGGAGGAUACGGAAGUGCAGGUAGAAUGAUCGGAUCGCCUACGGGUAAUGGAUCCAACGCCAUCCAACCUUGCGUACACGUCGAGGCAUGGUCCGGCCUCCAGGACGACCAAGACCCGCAGGAAAAGACCAUCGACCUAACGAUCCCAGGACCACAGCCGAUUGACAGACAGACUUCGUCGCUCUACAUGUGUCGAGCUCUUCUCGACGCCUUGCAUCUCCCUCUUCUUCGAAGUUUGUCCCUGACCUACGACUGGGGAUUGGAUCGUCGCCUCCCUUGGACUACUAUGGAUACCGAAGAGGUUCGAGAGCUACUUGGACGGUUUCCGAGCCUGGAGCGGCUCAUUUGUGGAGAGGAGAUGGCUGGCCAUCUCAUUGCGCUUCUAUCAGAAGGGGGCUGCACGUCGAAAGCGGUGGAGAUGAGCCAGACUCUGGCCAUCGAUAUUGAUAGGGAGGAUUCAUUCGAUGAAGGUACUGCUGGCGAUACACCUUCGACACCCUUCCUCCUUGAAUUGCGCAGUAUUCACUUCCUCGACGUCAACUUCAAAACGCUUUCACCUCUGCGAUCAACCUCAACUCUCGAAGACGAACUGCUGAAGAUGAUCGAGACUAGAGGGGAGCGCUGUACCCCUAUUCAGCACAUCGCGUUGGCUGAGUGCGAUUGCGAUGAUUGGUGGAUGUUGAGAAAGAAGUUGAGGAUGAUGGUGCCGCGGGUGGAGUUCGUCCCAAAGAAGUGUUAA